AUGUCCACCACCAAAUCGAACCGCUGGCUCGGAAAGGGAGGCAUCGGCCAUGCCUUCCGCAAGAAUGCCGCGGGUGCCUUCGGACCUGAUCUCGCCCGCAAGCUGUCGCAACUCGUCAAGAUGGAGAAGAACGCCAUGCGCAGUAUGGAGCUCGUCGCGCGCGAGCGCAUGGAAGUCGCCCAACAAUUGUCAAUCUGGGGUGAAGCCUGUGAUGAGGACGUAUCGGAUGUCACCGACAAGCUCGGUGUCCUGAUCUAUGAGAUCGGUGAGCUGGAGGAUCAGUUCGUCGACCGCUACGACCAGUACCGCGUGACCAUCAAGAGCAUCCGCAACAUCGAGGCCUCCGUACAGCCCAGCCGAGACCGCAAGCAAAAGAUCACCGAUGAGAUCGCCAAGCUGAAGUACAAGGACCCCAACUCGCCGCGCAUCGUCGUCCUGGAGCAGGAACUCGUCCGCGCCGAGGCCGAAUCCCUAGUCGCCGAAGCCCAGCUGUCAAACAUCACCCGCGAAAAGGUCAAGGCAGCCUUCCAGUACCAAUUCGACGCUCUCCGCGAACACUGCGAGAAGGUCGCCAUCAUCGCCGGCUACGGCAAGCACCUCCUGGACCUGAUCGACGACACCCCCGUAACCCCCGGCGAGACCCGCCACGCCUAUGACGGUUACGAUGCCAGCAAGGCCAUCAUCCAGGAUUGCGAGGAUGCGCUUAGCAACUGGGUUACCUCCAAGUCCGUCGUCAAGUCCGGCCUGUCGCAGCGCUCGCGCACUCUCUCCCAGCGCCACCGCAACGCCAUUAAGAGCCGCGAGGGCGUUGAUCUCUCUACCCAGGACCAGCCCAUGACUGGAGACCGUGACUCCUGGCUCCCCGCUGACCAGCACCCCGACUAUGUAGACGAGGAUGGUCUCAGCACUAUGGACGGUGAGGCACGAGGACGUGAGGAGGAGCGGGAGCCCAUUGCUGCUUAG